GAGCCACCCGCUGCCCGAGGGUCGGGCUCACUCAAGCUCAAGAUGAAGCGGCUGCAGGUCGUGCUGGGCCACCUGUCUGGCCGCCCGGAUUCGGGCCCGGGCUCGGGCCUGAUGGCCGCCCCGUGUUCGGGCCCCGCUCCGGCUACCUUCUCCAGGCCGUCCGCCGACGACGUGGUGGUGGUGCACGGGCGGCGCACGGCCAUCGCCAAGGCCGGCCGCGGAGGCUUCAAGGACACGACGCCCGACGAGCUGCUGGCAGCCGUGCUGACCGCUGUGCUACGGGACGUGGGGCUGCCUCCCGGGGAGCUGGGGGACAUUUGCGUGGGGAACGUGCUGCAGCCAGGGGCCGGAGCUGUCAUGGCCAGAAUUGCCCAGUUUUUAAGUGACAUCCCAGAGACAGUCCCUCUGUCCGCUGUCAACAGGCAGUGCUCCUCGGGGCUGCAGGCCGUGAUCAACAUUGCAGGUGGGAUCCGGCAGGGCUCUUACGACAUCGGCUUGGCCUGUGGGGUGGAGUCCAUGUCCCUGGCUGACCGAGGGAACCCCGGCAACAUCACCUCCCGCCUGGUGGAUAACACGAAGGCCCGAGACUGUCUGAUCCCAAUGGGGAUCACGUCGGAGAACGUGGCUGAGAGAUUUGGCAUCUCCCGGGAGAAGCAGGAUGCCUUCGCUCUGGCUUCCCAGAAGAAGGCGGCCAGGGCCCAGAGCCAGGGCUGUUUUCGGGCCGAGAUCGUGCCCGUGACGACCACCAUCCAGGAUGACAAGGGCAGCGAGAAGCCCGUCACCGUGGCCCAGGACGAGGGCAUCCGCACCGGCACCACGCUGGAAGGCCUGGCCAAGCUGAAGCCAGCCUUCAGGAAAGAUGGCUCCACUACUGCUGGAAACUCCAGCCAGGUGAGCGACGGGGCCGCGGCCAUCCUGCUGGCUCGCAGGGCCAGGGCGGAGCAGCUGGGCCUCCCCAUCCUGGGCAUCCUGAGGUCCUACGCGGUGGUGGGAGUGCCCCCUGACAUCAUGGGCAUCGGGCCUGCCUACGCCAUCCCCGCGGCACUGCAGAAAUCAGGGCUAACCGUGGACGACGUGGACGUCUUUGAGAUCAACGAGGCCUUUGCCAGCCAGGCUGCAUACUGUGUGGAGAAGCUGGGGAUCCCUCCCGAGAAGGUGAAUCCCCUGGGGGGCGCCAUCGCCUUGGGGCACCCGCUGGGCUGCACGGGGACCCGCCAGGUCAUCACGCUGCUCAAUGAGCUGAAGCGCAGGGGGAAGAGGGCCUAUGGCGUGGUCUCCAUGUGCAUCGGGACGGGCAUGGGAGCGGCUGCGGUCUUCGAGUACCCAGGGCCCUGAGCGCCGCUCUUGGGGGCCGCCUGAGAGGCGGGGCCGGGCAGGAGGCGGAGCCAAGCCCCCCUCGGGCUGCCCGCCCUGGCCGGGAGCAGAGCGCCGGCCCCGCCCCUGACUCUGUGCCUUCUCCGGUGUUCCCUCGCACUCGGAGCCCAUCGGGGGCCGGGCGCGCUCCCCCUGGUGGCCAGGGGUGGCGGCCGGGCAGGUGUUGGGGCGCGCCGGCCCCGGGGUCUAUUUUCUCCAAACAAUAAAGAUGGCGCGCCCCGA